AGUGAAAUAGACGUCUGCCGAAGGAAAAGGCGUUGGUCUAUGUAAUUUACUGAAAUAUUUUUCCUAGAUAAAAUAAAUCAUAAGAAUUCAAAUCUAAAGAAAAAUAGUAAUUGCCAUUAUGGCUGCGAGUUUUGAUCCGUAUGAUAAACAUAGUUGGUACUUUGGACCUCUAACAAGGCAAGAGGCUACUGAUAUUCUUUUAAACGAGAUGGAGACUGGUGUUUUCCUCGUUAGAAACAGUUCUACAAUUCUUGGUGAUCUGGUUUUAUGUGUGAGGGAAGAUAGUAAAGUUAGUCAUUAUAUAAUAAACAGAAUACAGCAAGAUGAUCAAACAAGGUUUCGAAUUGGUGACCAAAUGUUUCCAGAUGUACCAUCACUUCUAAACUUUUAUAAAUUACAUUAUCUAGAUUCAACUCCUUUGAUAAGGCCUGCUCCAAAAAAACUUGAAAAAGUAAGAGCAAAAUAUGACUUUGAUGGAAGUGGUGAUCCUGAUGAUUUGCCAUUUAAAAAAGGGGAAAUACUUACAGUAAUAUCUAAAGAUGAAGAUCAAUGGUGGACAGCGAAAAACAGCUUGGGCCAGACAGGAUCUAUACCUGUUCCUUACAUAGAAAAGGUGGAUGAUAAUUUUUUACCUGAUGGUGUUCAAAACUCUCAACCUCCAACCUCUGGUCAAACCCAAAAAUCAUCAACAGAUCCCACAAGAUAUAACACACCAAACAUACAGAGAAUGCUACCUGCAUUAGCAAGAGUUAAGCAAGCUAGAGUUCCAAAUGCUUAUGACAAAACAGCGUUAAAGCUUGAGGUUGGUGAUAUAAUCAAAGUCACUAAAAUGAAUAUUAAUGGACAGUGGGAAGGCGAGUUACGCGGCAAAGUUGGCCAUUUUCCGUUCACACAUGUGGAAUUCCUCGAUUCAGAUAAUCCAGAAGAGGAAGAACCUUAAAGCAAAAUCGUGAUGUGUGACAAAUGUGUUGCCAAAGAACCACUGUGAAACAGACUGAUAUUCACAUUACCCUCUUGCUCCUUUAAGAACAUUUUUCAAUUACCCUUGUAAAUAUCGAGUGGUAUGUGUUUCUUUAAGUGAACUUUUUAGCUCAAUUUUUUUCCCCAAUUAGCAGAAUGGAAAAAAAAGCAAUUGGCCAUACCCUGCAUGUGCGGAGACAAUCUGCCAUUGUCCGAAGUUUGCCAUUUUAUGUUCAAGCUAGUCACAAAGCAUCUAAUUUUUCCUAAAAAAUGAAAUCUGUAUUCAGAGGUUGACUAUUUGCUGAAACAAAGUGAUGAAUAUUUGUAUAUUACUUGUAUAUAUCUUAUUUGUAUGAUUUGUUUACAAUUAUAGUGUUUUGUUCUAAGUGAUUAGAAUUCUAAAAAGGGGGAAGCUUGUCCUUAAAGUAUUUUCCACUCAAAGCAUUUAUAUGUUUUGAUUUUCAUAGUUCUCCACUUUAAACUCAUCGCAUGAACAGUUAAAAGCUAGUUCUUUCGCUGCUUAAACUCACCAAUGUCUCCAUUUGCUUCUUUCAAGAAAAAAAGUAAUUCUUUAUUGUAAAGUAUUAUAAGUGUCGUGCUUUGGCAUUGCGUUAACAUUGUUACAUAUUAUAGAAAUUGAAAUAGUUUAUUAGGAGAAAAACAUGUGAAAUUACUUAUUUCUGAGUUCUUACUUUUUGAGUUUUUUUAGCGGGAAACUUUUUAUCUCAAAUUUAAAUUUUACUUAAAGCCAACCUCUGAAUAUUUGAAUCAUUGUAAGCUUACUAUAAAGGACUUGAUACAUUGUUUGGCAUGUUACUUGGAAAGUGAAAUUUGAUGAUCUUAAACCAUUGGCCAAUGUUGUACCCAAAAAUGUGAAGCUUGUGUGCACAAACAUUAAAUUUUAAUGUUCACCAUUUGUAUAAAUUACACACACGCAUGUAUACAAUUGUAUACUAAAAUUUAUCAUUGAGUGCUGUUCUGUGAAAUAUUAAUUUGUAAUAUUGCAUUUUACAUUUUCAGAUCAAAAGUUUUAUUUGAAGGCAGUUAUUGUAAAAUAAGUUUAUUUCACUUUUUUCUCGCACUUUUAAAAUUCAUAUUUAAUUUGUUGAUUUACAUAUUAAGUAUUAUGUUGUUACAAAUCAUGUGUAAAAAUGUGUUUAAAAUUGUUUAUUGUUAUAUUUAUUUUUAUAAAUGUUUAGUUGAUAUCUUCUAAGUUUAUUUAAAACAUCAUAACAUUUUGCUUUGUAUCACAUGGAUGGUUUUUUUUUUAUAAAGAUAUCAUUGCCUUAGAGCAAAAGUAAAUUAUCUAAUCCCAGUUAUAACAGUGAGAUAUUCUACUGUUGCUUUAAGGCAAUGAUAUUUGUGAAGGUAAUCAUACAGAAUUUCAAUUAAGAACUGAAUGAAUAUAAAAAGGAUUUUAAAAAUUAACUAUUGCAAAGAUUAGGAUAUUUUUUUACAUAUUCAAGUAAAAUUUUAGAAAUAUCAAAUUUAAUAUUUUCUAGAAGAACUUGCUUACUUUGUUUUGGAAAGCCGUUUUUACAAUCUAACAAUAAGUUGAGAUAGUAAUGAAUAGUUGAAAAAAAUAUUCAUAUGAAUAUGUAUUUCAUUCUAGCAAAAAAAAAAAAAAGUUCUAUCCCAGGUUUAAUAUUGUAGUUGAUUGUUUGCACCAUUUUUACUUUUUUUCUUAAAAAAAUACAUGCACUACUUUUCUAAAGAUAAGCUGCUGUAAUUUCUAUUCCAAUUAAAACAUAAAAAGCAACUUCUGUGGCAAUCUUUAGUAUUUAACAAUUGUAAGGAUUAUGUUGCUCAGCCAGCCACCAUGUGCAAUCAGUUCCUUAUUUUGGUUUGCUUCUGGCCAAUAUGUAACACUUCAUUUCAAAUAUUGGAACCCCCUUUUUAUUGAGAUUUGUACAAAUGUGAAAUUUUCUGUUCAAUAUUGUGGUAAGUUAGUGUUGGUGAUAACUCAGAAAGACAGUUAGCAAUACAUGGGCUUUUUAACCUAUAAGUACCCGUUAUUGUCUACCACAUGUAGUGAAAAACCAUGAUAGUGCACAAUAUUACAUCUAAAAAUAAAUAGAGCUUGUUACUUUUUUUUCUGAGUCAAAAGAAACAAACAAACAAACAAAAAAAGUCUGCUUACAUAAAAUCCGGUAAAAGUAGAAAUUGGUUAACCCGAAAUAUUUUGGCUUCCCCUUCGAGUUCGUGUUAACAAGGUUUAAGUGUAAUAUACAUUAAUACUGUGAAAUCCCUUUGCAAUGAACUUCAAGGCACUUUCAUGUUGUGUUCUAUGUCUCAAGAAUUUCAUUGUAAUGGAGUUCAAGCAAGGUAAUUGAAAUUAAAUCAGGAUGGAACAUUAAUUUAGUUGUAACGAGAUUUCAUUGUAUUCAAUAAUUCUCAUAAUGUGGCCCAUAUGAAAUAGUCGUCAUGUCUAUGUGACUCAACAAGUUCAGAAUUUGUUUACCUUUAAGUCAAGUGUCUAUCAGAAGCUAGAGAGAGCACUUCUCACUUGAUAAAAUCUUUUCUGGUGCUUUUUCAAAUUGCCGAUGUAUUGAUCAAGGAAUUGUCUAAAUAGAAAAAAAAAAGGAAAAAAAACGAUAAAUAGCUUGUAUUUUAUAUUUUGGCCAGUCUGAAUAAUUGUGUCCUCAGAUACUGAUUUUGUGGUCAUCCCAGCAAAAAGAUAGCAGCUUCAAACUAUGGCAAGUUUUCUUAGUGUUGCUCGGGGAAAAAUAAUUUUAUAUGAAUAUGUUAUUAUUUUUUAGAAUUAUGUUAAGGAUUUUAAAUAUCUAUUCGUGUGCAUGUAAUGAAGUAUAUUGCAUGGCAUUUCCAAGAUUGUGCCGCCUCACUGGCGUAUGACCCAUUUGCCCAAGUCUAAGCUUGUCCAGAUUUUAUAACUGUGACAACUUAACUAAAAAGAAAACCGAGAGUUAUUUGAAUGAAAAGUUGGUAUAAAAGUCUAGGUGAUAGACCUUUUAGGUUUUUUUAAAAUUAUUUUUGUGAAUUCAGUUA